CCCAUACUCCCGGAGUACCCCCCACAGGGCCUCCUGAGGGACGCGAUCAAACGCCUUCUCCAAAUCCACAAAACACAUGUAGACUGGUUGGGCUCAUUCCCACGCACCCUCCAGGAUCCCCCUAAGGGUAUAGAGCUGGUCCAGUGUUCCACGGCCAGGACAAAAACCACAUUGCUCCUCCUGAAUCUGAGGUUCAACAAUCCGACUGACCCUCCUCUCCAGAACUCCUGAAUAGAUCUUACCAGGAAGGUUCAGGAGUGUGAUCCCCCUGUAGUUGGAACACACCCUGCGGUCCCCCUUUUUAAAUAAGUGGACCACCUUCCCGGUCUGCCAGUCCAGUGGGACUGCCCCCGAUGUCCACGCAAUAUUGCAGAGCCGCGACAGCCAACACAGCCCCACAACAUCCAGAGCCUUAAGGAACUCUGGGCGGAUCUCAUCCACCCCUGGAGCCUUGCCACAGAGGAGCUUUUUAACCACCUCAGUGACCUCAGCACCAGAGAUUUGAGAGGCCAACCCAAAGUCCCCAGACUCUGCUUCCUCACUGGAAGACGUGUCGGUGGGAUUGAGGAGGCGGAUGGCUGCUUAUACUGAGCCAGGAUCCUCUGGAGGUUUCUUCCUGUUAAAAGGGAGUUUUCCUCUCCACUGUCGCUAUAUGCUUGCUUAGUAUGAGGAUUGCUGUAAAGACUCUGACACUAGUCUGUUGGAAAGGCCACCAGGUGGCACACUUGCGGACUCACGCUCUCACUCUCUCAGAGCAGAGCUGACGACAGUGCAGAGGAGACCACCAAGCAGAGCAUGUGGAGAAGCACAUGAGACAGCAGAAUGGAGGAGAGUUUUACUUUGCUAGUUCCCAGGUUAAAUCAGUUUUGUGUGCGUGAAUGACUGCUAACGACGAUGGAUCGUGUUACAUUCGACGGUCCAACCAUGGUUCGAGUGGGUGUGGUGAACAGAAUGCUACUUGAACCUUCUGGGGAACUCGGUCGGUGAUGUCAAAGGACGCCUAACUCGAGCCUUAGCGCCGGUUCAUGGAGCACCGGCUGCCCAGGUGCCUCCGCCUGAGCCGGCCGGUCCACCUCCUCCUCCGUCUGCCAGGACGUAGAAGACUUGGGGUGAGUUGAGAUGAACAUGCUGUGGGUUCCUGAAGUCAGGUGAUCAGUCAGGUAACAGUAGAUUGGUUUAGGCCACAUAGUACUGUUAUCCAAAUUUUUUUUUAGUCUCACUAAUCUUAAUUCCUUAUGGGAACAUUCACAUGAGGGUGAUUACUAACCACUGAUGUACAUUUUUAGCUCCUAGACAAUCACACGUCUAUCUUUUUGUAGAAUUUUGUUUCAGUGAAUGAGUUGAAAUCUUUACGAUUAGCUUGGUUGAUUACCAUCAGGGGCUACAGCCAUUUUUGCCCUUCAGUUGAUUAUAUUUUUUUGUGUAGUGCAGUGAGUUCUCCCAUACGCAGUAUAGGGUUCUUUUAAUUUUAUGCUUUUUUGCACCACCCUUUUUGCAUCUCAUGUAGAGAGGGUUGCAUCCAUUUCUUCGCUUAGAGCUAAUUCACAUAAUCCCUUCACAUAGUACUUGCAGGUACUCACAGUGAUAGGUUUAUAUUUGUUUGUUGAUUUGCAUGAGGCACUAUUUUGUUGUGUCUACAUUGAAGUGCCCUGUGCUGUGCUCUCUCUUUCCUGCUGAGUUCGUGAUGAUCCUGCUUCCUGAGGGUGGACCCGAGACUCGUCAUCGGAAUCUACUCCUCCUGGUUGGUGCUCCGGCUCAUUGGACCUGGACGUCCGUUGGUUCCGGCAUGGCUGCUGGGAUACUUCGCUCGCUGGGACGACCUGUCUGCUGCUCUUCCCUUUUGCUGGAUUAUGAUAAGUGCUCUUACAAAGAUCAGUUUGCUGUUUAGAAUUAUUCCAGACCUGUGGAGAUAUAAGUUGCUGCUGCUUCAAUUAUUGCUUCCAUGGGAAUGUAUGAUAAUCUACUGACUUGUGUGCUUCCUAAGGAGUAUGCGAGACUGUUCUUCGGCGUGGGGUUCGUACCUCACCACUGUUGGCCUCUUCCUGUGGGAUUGCACCCUGCUCUGUUGUCGGGGUCCUUCAUAACUCUGGUUUGUUCAAUGACCAGGUGGUCUCUGGACGGACCACUGUGCCCUUGAAAAGGGGGGUAUGUAACGUGAUGAAGGAGCUAUUUCAGCCAAGGUUAUUUAAUCUUUCCCACAGUCCCUUUGACACAGCACCAGAGUGCAUGAAACAGCCUCAUGGUCAUGCAUUCACUUCUAAACUGUUUACAUUCCAGCAAUGAAGACAGAAGAUGAAGACUGCUUUCUUUUCUUUUAUUAAAAGCCAAAGAACUCUAUUUUCAAUAAAAGCUAAUCAAAACAACUGUUAAUCAAAUAAUACCAUGUGAACGAUCUGUGAAAUCACAAUAUUAUGAUUAAUAUGUUUAUAAUAAGUAAAUGACUUAUUCUAGCCACUAGACACGCUGAUACAUUAAGGUAAAUAAUCACAUGACACAUUGCUGUCACUGAUCCAAUCAGAACCUUCACAUCUGAAGCGUGGCAGAGUCUCUGUGGUGUUUAUUUAAUCUGUCAGCUUUGAUUCGUCCAGAAUCAUAAACAUCAAUAUUAAUAAAACAGUCCAACGCCAUUUUUAAGGCCAGUAUUCAACAACAUCUCAAGAUCCCCUGAAGUUCACCGCAUGCUAAGUGAAGUAUGGACCGACCAUCUAUACUUUCCUUUUUAAGCUAAGAACUGCCAAGCUGGGGAAUCCUGUCAUUAUUAUCAACAAGCAACGGUUCCUUCAGAAUAAAAGCUGAAUCCGCUGACCAAAGGGGGGUCCCUUUUGACGCUGUGAAACACCUGUUGCUUUUCACCUGGAGUCUAUCCAAAGACUGGUUUGUCGUGCUGUCGACGCUGUUUCAUCGGCUCCAGUACCAGUGGAAAGUUGUGAACCUGGCAUCCUGAUCUGUACGGGAGUCUCACUGAAGGACAUGUGGAUGCGACAUAAAUGUCGUCUCAUGUUUUUAUGACCAUGGUUCAAACGUUGAUCAGUUAGGAGCAAAACAUCUCCCACUCAGACUCGCUUCUCCGGAACGGAGGUUCUGAACUGACAUCGCACCAACACACACUUCACCUCACAUUCCAUUCCACAAACGUCCAUCAUUAGAGUUAGUUUUGUUAAAUUGUUUAAAAUUAAUUUUAGUAAUAAAAUUUCUUAAACGUUUGAAAGUCUCUCUCUCUUCUCUUGUCUCUCAGUUCAUGCAAAGUGUUUAUUUAAUUUCCCUGUAAUAAAAAGAACCAAUCUUCUGAUUUAAAUAACCCAGUGUCCAUUAGAUGGGAUCCAUACUCGAUAUGGAUCUUUAAUGUCUAUGGUCAUUAAUUAGAUUGUAACUUUUUAACACUACAACUCCCUCCCUGAUACAGUCCAUCUACCUACUAACAACAGGCAAUCUAACACUAGUCAGUGACUUGAUGCAAUUUGCUGUAUUCCUUAUAUAGGAAACAUUUUUCCUGAUUGGCUUAAUGAAAUGACUUGGAUUGGAAUGUUUAUUAUGUGAAGUGCCUUGAGAUGACUCCUCCUUGAACUGUCACCUUAUCGUGGUGGAGGAGUUUGAGUGCCCUAAUGAUCCUAGGAGCUAUGUUGUCUGGGGCACUUUGUGCCCCUGGUAAGGUCUCCCAUGACAAAUUGGUCUUAGGUGAAGGGUGAGACAAAGAAAGGUUCACAGGAUCUUUCAUGGAUGUAAAUUCAAAGAGUUGGAGUACCCGGCCCGGAGGGUUACCGGGAUCCCACCCUGGAGCCAGGCCUGGGGUUGGGACCCGUGAGCGAGCGCCUGGUGGCCGGGCUUUCGCCCAUUGGGCCCAGCCGGGCCCUGCCUGAACCGGAUACAUGGGCUCAUCCAACUGUGGACCCACCACCCGCAGGAGGAACAUGAAGGGUCCGGUGCAGUGUGGAUCGGGUGGCAGACCAAGGCGGGGGCCUUGGCGGUCCGAUCCCCGGACAAGAAAACUGGUUUUUGGGACAUGGAACGUCACCUCGUUGGCGGGGAAGGAGCAGGAGCUUGUGGCAGAGAUUGAGCGGUACCGGCUAGAUAUAGUCGGACUCACCUCGACACAUAGCAUUGGCUCUGGAACCCAAGUCCUUGAGAGGGGUUGGACACUCUCCUUUGCUGGAGUUGCUCCGGGUGAGAGGCGGAGGGCUGGGGUUGGCUUUUUGUUAGCCCCAAGACUCUCUGCCUGUGUGUUGGGGUUUACCCCGGGGGACAAGAGGGUAGCUUCCCUGCGCCUUCAGGUCGGGGAACGGGUCCUGACUGUUGUUUGUGCUUAUGGGCCAAAUAUCAGUUCAGAGUACCCACCCUUUUUGGAGUCCCUGGGACGAGUGCUAGAUAGUGCUCCAUCGGGGGACUCCAUUGUCCUGCUGGGGGACUUCAAUGCUCACGUGGGCAAUGACAGCUUGACCUGGAGGGGUGUGAUUGGGAGGAACGGCCCGCCUGAUCUGAACUUGAGUGGUGUUUCGUUAUUGGACUUCUGUGCAAGCCACAGUUUGGCCAUAACGAACACCAUGUUCGAACAUAAGGAUGCCCAUCGGUACACUUGGUACCAGGGCAGCCUAGGUCGCAGGUCGAUGAUAGACUUUGUAGUCGUAUCAUCUGAUCUGAUCUGUUCUGUUUUGGACACCCGAGUGAAGAGAGGAGCGGAGGUGUCAACUGAUCACCACCUGGUGGUGAGUUGGAUCAGAUGGCAGGGGAAGAUGCCGCGUAGACCUGGCAGACCCAAAUGAAUAGUGAGGGUCUACUGGGAACGCCUGGCAGAAGAACCUGUUAAGACGAUCUUCAACUCCCACCUCCGGCAGAGCUUUGACCGCGUCCUGAGAGCAGU